AUUUUGAGUAUAUCUGCACGAUUUAUCGAAACAUUACUUGUUUGCUUCAUUGAAUUUUAUUCCUUGUCAAUCCUGUGAAUAGUUUAAAAAUGUAUUUUCCUAAUUCUACUUUCCAGAUGGUCGAGAGUGCUUUAUCUCCGCCGUACGACGGGAGCGAAUUUCAGGAGCUAUUUCCUGAAUUGACAGGCGUGGAACCAGAAGAAAUGGUUGACAUCGAAUCGUUAGCUGAUCGUGCUGCUUUGUUCAUGCAGCCUGACGACGUUGCAAUCGUAGAGAAUCAAUCAGUUAUGUUGAGCGACCAAGUUUCUACUCAUUCACUAGAAUUAGAAAGUAAUUCAGAGAAUGGCUCUGUUUACGAAUGUGAUGUUUCUGAAGAGGAAGAGGCUGAAGAUGCAGAUCAGUUGCUGAGGUACCUCGGUGCUCAAACCAGUCGAAAGUCGAAACGUCAGACCCAGCAGAGGCAGAGACGACAGUCUUCGAAUGACUCUGGAAGAUUCUCAGAUAGUUCACAUGACCAGGAUUCAACUGUCCACAGUCAAGUCAAAUCGCCAUUGCCAUCGUUGACUACGCGAAAAUACACCAAGACUCGGAAUGUGCCCGGCCAGAUUGCAACACCUUCAACAAGCUACACAGUCAUUGAUGAGUCAGGAGCUCGCAAAAGCGUCCGAGGGCCAAACAGAAAUGCAGUUAUGGCGAAGUUAAACCGCGAGAGGAAGAAGCAGCUCAUGGGAGAUCUGGAGGAGAAGGUUGGACUCCUAGAUACCGAAAACGAUGCCCUCAAAAAGCAGAAUGUCCGCCUGCGUAAGAAAGUCAAUGUGCUCGCCAGAGAGUUGCAGUACGUGAAAAGUGUUCUUGCAAACCAAAGCACACUGUCUGGUCUUCUCAAAAAUAUCAAAGCAACAGGACUCGAGUUUCACACCUCCAUGCCGUUACAGCCAAGCAGAGCGGUAAGUGACAUUCCUCUUGUAAGCCAGAAAAGAAAACAACAGUUUGAUCAUGAUUAUUGCAUUGAGCAGAAUGAAGGGCUUCGCUCUCGUAAAUUCGCCAAGUCUGAAAGCGUAGCAAGUGUUGAAGGUGAAUCAAUUGAUGAAAAUCUACCCAACUAUGCUUCAGAAGUAGGAUUAGGAGGAGUUUGUCUUCACGUUUCAGGCGAUAAUGUGUCACUUGAGUUUUGCUCAAAGUGCAGUGCUAAAGCAAAAUUGGCUGGAAGCAGAUCAUGAGCAAUGCCAAAAAUCUAGCAUUUUAUCAGAGGAGAAAAUAAACAGUUAGCGUCACUUUUGCCAUGGAAGCAGUGAGCAGUCAGAUGAGCUUGGGAGAUGCGACGUUGCACUUGCAGAGAAUCGUGUUAUGCGGAAAGGAGCAAAGUGUCAUUUGGUUGAACAAACUAGAAUAUGGUCGGUUGUCUCUUAGAUUAUAUUUAUAUAAACUAUUUUUCUGUUUGUUAAAAAUGAUUCCUGACUCAAAACUGUGACCUGAAAACAUUGACUCUGAAAGACCGAAAAAGACAGAACUUCAUUUAAUUCAAUAAGUUAAAAUCUGAUUAAUCAUGUUGAUUUGUAUCAGAGUGUCGUAUGUUAUACAUUUGUUAAUUUUCCACUUUAAAUUUUGUAAAGAGAAGUCAGUUGCAACUUGUAAUUUAUUAUAUUUUGCAUAUGGCUUCCCUAGCUUGAAUAAUCUUGUAUCAAAUAUUGUUGUAGAACACUCACUAAUCUUGCUUUCAGUUGUUCUUUCUGCUUUUAUCCUCUGCAGAUCCUGUGCUCGUGGAACCCACCAUUGCAAGCACACAUACACUGUUGACCAGCCUACGGAAGACCUGAGCUAAUGCCAACAAUAGGUCUCCCUUGGUCAGCUAUUCCAAGACAUGCCACAGAGACUCGCUAAGUUCAUGUGUAAUGAACUAAAUGGUCGGUUAAGUCUUGUAAUUCAUUAUUUACGCAUGUCACAAGACCUUGCACAAAUAGUGACUGCAUUCUGUUGAAUUGUAUUGCUCUUUAUUUCAGGAGCAAAUAAUACAUGUUCGACACUUCUCAUUUUCAUGUGCAUCUCUAGGAUUAAACCUAUCGGAUUAAACCUAGUGUAUGUGCAAUGUGAAAUGAAAACACCAAGUUGUAUUGUAUCGCUCUUUACAAGAGCAAAUGAUACAUAUGUCAACUUCUCAUUUUCAUGUGCAUCUCUAGGAUUAAACCUAUCGGAUUAAACCUAGUGUGUGUGCAAUGUGAAAUGAAAACACCAAGUUGUAUUGUAUCGCUCUUUACAAGAGCAAAUGAUACAUGUGUCAACUUUUUUUACCUAGCCACCGAUUUAAUUGGUUGCUUAGUACACACAGAAAGUGAUUUGACUGGGAUCCACAUGUGAUACCACAAGUCUUAACACUCAUUCAUGAUUCAAUUGGAACAAAUUUCAAAGUUUCAAUUUCUUUCAUUUUCUAAUGUUCAUCUCAAAGCAAGUGAAAAUCAUCUAAUGGUAUUUGCAGAAGUCUCAGAUAGGCAUUCAAAGAGUAAAUUUACAAAAAAAAAUUGAUAUCAGUUGCAUUUUCAUAUUGAAAAGUGAAGAAUCAAACUUCACAUACACAUGUUUUUUGUUUUACCUUUAUGCUUUAGAACAAAAUGAAAAAUAUCAAAGAAGAAUAAUAAGAAAGAAAGACUGUUGUCUUUGAUGCAUCUGCCUCAUUUUAGAUUUUCAUUUGUUUUUUGCCUAUUCUAGAAGAUAAGGUACUCUCAGAAAACCUUGACUGCUUUGUCCUUUCUAGAUGCAGUAAUCCUGGAUCAUCUGCUCCUUCAAUAUACAGACUUUCUGGUAAGGUAUUUACUACCGAUUUCCCCCUGGUGUUUGUGUUAGUGUUUUUAGGAGAAGAAUACCCUAAGUCAAUAUAUCUUGUGUUGCCAUAUAUGGCAAAUAACUUCAAGCUGUGAGAUGUAGUUCAAAUAAAUGGAUAAUGAUGUUGAAAGUUAUUGUUAUUAUAGAAAUUCAAAAUAGUACUAUUUGUAGUUUUUUUUCUUUUUCAUGGAGAUUAUUUUUUUAAUCCUCAAGGUUGAGCAAGUUGUUUGGAUGGGUGCACCUGUAUACAAAUUUGAUUUAUAACAAUUUGCAUAACAGUUCAUGUACAGGUGUAUUUCUAAAUCUAAUUGGAAUUUCAAGAGUCUUGUUCAUAAGGUAAAAAGUCUUUCUAAAAGGGAAACUUGAGCAAGAAGUGUUAUGGUAAUAUUUGUAAUAUAUGUUUUGUAACAAUUGAUGCUUGUAGAUAUCAACACUAAAUUUGAUUGCCUUCAUUUAUUAAUUUUUAAAACAAAGGAAAGAAAAGUGUUGUUUAUAGCAAUUUAUGGUGUUAUUCACAGACUCAAAAUUUAGUCUUUGAAGAAAAAAAAUGUAACAUUGUACAUUUAUAAUAAAACAAUUCUUUUGAAAUUGAUGACAAAAAAAAAAGGUUGAAAAUGUUUUGGCAUAAAGGAUUAAAAAGAUGGCAUGUGUUGAUGUUUUGAAAAGCUUCAAUUGUUUAAUAUUUCUAAGAGUUGCAAUGUAUUCACACAAUUUCCUUCUGCAUUUUUUCCUCCUUCCUGCUGUUGCCGGGAACCUGGGUUCUCUUGAUUUAACAACAAACAAAAUAGAUUUUGGUAAAAAAAAAAAAAAAAAAAAAAAGAAAUAAUGAGUGCUUGCACCUUGUUGCACCCUCCUGAGGUCAAGUACACAUGCUAGAAAAGACCGUAAGUAUAGAGGUGAGUAAAAGAAGAAAGUAAC